GAUUUCUGCAUAGGUAAUUUAUUUUAAGAUUGAGCCGGAAGGUUGUUUUUCUCAGCUUAUUUCAAGCAAUUUUGUUGUUUUUGCUGUGUUUGAUGCUCUCUAUUGCCAACAAGGUGAUAGUCAAGCAUGCUGUCACCAAAAUAAGAGAUGGGGAUGUUCUUCUAACAUACGGGUCAUCAUUGGCAGUUGAAAUGAUUCUUUUGCAUGCACACGAAUUAGGAAAACAAUUUCGUGUUGUGAUAGUUGACUCUCGUCCAAAGCUUAGAGGACAACAGUUACUCCGCAGGCUUGUGGAGAAAGGUCUUAACUGUACAUACACUCAUAUAAAUGCUGUUUCCUACAUUAUGCAUGAAGUUAGUCGAGUUUUUCUGGGUGCUGAAUCAAUAUUGUCUAAUGGAACGGUAUAUUCAAGAGUGGGGACUGCAAGUGUCGCAAUGGUUGCUCAUGCAUCCCGUGUACCAGUCAUAGUAUGUUGUGAGGCCUAUAAAUUUCAUGAAAGGGUACAGCUGGACUCGAUUUGCUCGAAUGAACUUGGUGAUCCAGAUGCCAUUUCAAGUGUUCAAGGUAGAGUGGAUGUCAACCACUUGGAUGGUUGGUCCGAUAUUGAAAAUCUGCAACUUCUAAAUCUGAUUUAUGAUGCAAUGCCUUCAGAUUACGUUUCAAUGAUAGUCACAGAUUAUGGAAUGGUCCCCCCACAAGUGUACCUGUAAUUGUAAGAGAAUAUGGGAGAGAACAGGUCUGGAUAUAAAUUAUUCAAAUGCAAAGGCCUGGUAGGAAUGGGUUGUAAGAGAAAAUGGGAGAGAACAGGUGUGGCUAUAAAUGAUGCAAAGGCAAAGGCCUGGUAGGAAUGGAUUGUAAGAGAACAUGAAAGUGAACAGGUCUGCAUAUAAAAUUAUGCAUUGCGAAUGCCUGUAGGAAUAAAUUUUGAAAUUAUUGUAAUUCAUGUUUAUCGAUUAUUUUCCAUAUUGGAAUUAUGUGCCUCUUUGUUAGGAAAUUUUAGACAUUUCUAUAUUCAACUGUCCUAGCGAAGAGAGCAAACAUUUCGCCUCUCCAGGCAGAUUUAGGUAUGUAUUUUCAUUCACAACAGUUCUUCUUUCUCUUCUAUUGUUUUUCAAGUAUCGGAUAAGUUGUCUCACAA